GAGGAGAGGCGGAGCUAUGGAGGGAUUCAUGGCGGAGAAGGCUUCGGUCAGUGACUGUGCAUUCGUAUGGGACGAAGACUCCAAGCUCUACUUCCAUGCCAGCUUUUGAUCUGUAUAUUUAUGUAUGCUUGAUCUUGGCUUUUCUCCGCAUGUAGCAGCAGUGGGUUUUAUCAUGACCCUAGUGGUGGAUGGUACUAUAGCAGCAGAGAUGGAUUGUAUUACACGUUUGAGGAUGGAGCUUAUGUUUUAUUGCAAAGCAACAAGGACAAGGAAGAAGAAUCUGAUGUUCAUCAGAGCUCAAACUAUAUUUCUAAUGAACAUGAACAUGUCCAAGACCAGCAAUUAGGUGUAAUGGAGCAAGAUACUGCUGAUGGGUCUCUAAAUCAGCGUCCGCCAUCAGAAUGGUUGGAAGAGACACUUAUUGAUCUUUACUUAGGAGGUUAUUCGAAGUCAGAAGAUUAUGGGAACACCUCAAGUUUAUAUCCAAAUAAAGAGAAAGCUAAUUCUUCAAGCGAAUUAGAACCUGAUCAAGUAAAUAUAGCAAAAUCAACUGACUGCAAAUGGGACAUGGCAUUACAACAAGGUGAUGAAACUGUACAAAAACCUGAAGAUAUUCAAGAUGAAUCUGAACUGAGUGAUGUGAUUGCAGGAGAAGGUUCUUUUGGGGAUGAAGAAAAUUGGUUGGCUCAAUACGGUCAAGUUGUACAAUCAGAGCAUGAGGUAUUGCCAUCUUUCCCCACUGUUGAACUAUGGGACUGGGAGAUGCUUCAAGAAACUACAAGGAAGAAACAACGGAUAUGUAGAUUGACUGGAAGGCUAGUUAAGCCCACCAGUAAGCUGCAUCCUUCCAUGCCAGCUGGUGGUGGCCUUCUAAAAACUGCUGCCAUCUGUGAAGUCCAUCUUGAUUUUGUUCGAGUUAAAUCAGGGAAGGUGUACAGGCUGAGGAGACCCGGCACAAAAUACUUAUCGUCUUUAUCAACAUAUGAUUCUUCUAACCCUACGAAAGAUUGGGGCUUUCCUGAUUUAGAUAUUGGCAAGUACAAGAGUCCAUCCAGUGGUAUUAUUGAAGCAUAUGGAUCUGAUGUUUCAAAUGUGUAUACUAGUGACGAAUCUUCUGCAUCCAUUCAUCCGCAUUCUGCUGCCAUGUGUGGCCAGAAGAGUGGCACCUUUUACAGGGAUAGAGCUGCUGAGAGGAGAAGACUGCAUGCUGGUUUUGGCAUAGGUCUUGGAGAGAAGAGCGUCAUGUCCAAUAGAAGAUUUUCAGAAGCUGGAUCAUCCUCAGAAUUUCCUGAUGAUGCUGAUGCUGAUGCUGAUGCUGAUGCUGUAGAAUCAAACACUCCAUUUGGGGAAGGAAGCUACGCAAGAAGGAUCCUAGAGAGCAUGGGCUGGAAAGAAGGAGAAGCAUUAGGCAGCAGCACUAAGGGUAUCAUAGAACCCAUACAAGCUAUUGGCAACAGAGGCUUUGCAGGGCUGGGGUGGAGUCACACUCAUCGGGCAAACUGAACCAUUUCAAUUGAACAUUCAUUAAGAA